GAGAGAGAGAGAGAGAGCGGGAACAGGGAGGGCCAUCUGAAUCAAAGCCUUUUGGCGGGUGAUAUCAUAAAAUCCGCCCACCGCCUUCCUUUUCCCCGACACCACCACCCCGCACUCUGCGUUCGACUCCUCUCUUUCUCUCUCUACUCUACUCGUCUUUCUCGCUCUCUCUCCACAAUUUACGCAGGGUGCUACAGAGACUCCCUUUUAAAUUUCCCGAAUCGGCAAAAGCACAGUCCACAGCACCAUGACCCACCACUCUCCUCAUCAUUCCUCGUUUCACGCCCACCCUUCCACUAAAUCCCUCUUCUACCAUCUCUCCCUCUCUUUUCACGACCCUGCCUUUCUCUCUCUAAAAUGGCUCACGCCGAGAGCCACCCCCUCCCCAAAUGCUCCUCUCGCCCCAUUGCCCAGCGCAGGAACGAAUGGAUCUUCUCUGAUGUUCCAAGUGAUAUUAUGAUUGAAGUUAAUGGUGCGACCUUUCCCUUGCAUAAGUUCCCUCUUGUAUCUCGAAGUGGGCGAAUCCGAAAGUUAAUAGCAGAGCGCAGGGAUUCUGAUAUUUCAAGGUUGGAAUUAUUCAAUCUACCUGGAGGAGCAGUGGCAUUUGAGCUUGCUGCAAAAUUCUGCUAUGGCAUCAACUUUGAGAUCACAGCGUCAAACGUUGCCCAACUUUAUUGUGUUUCUGAGUACCUGGAAAUGACCGAAGACUAUGCAAAAGAGAACCUUGCAUCUCGAGCAGAGGCAUACUUGGAUGGUGUGGUUUGUAAGAACCUUGAAAAAUCUGUUGAAGUUUUGCACCAGUGUGAGAACUUGCUUCCCCUUGCUGAGGAGCUAAAAUUAGUGGGUAGAUGCACAGAUGCCAUAGCAUCAAAGGCAUGCACAGAGCAGAUAGCAUCGAGUUUCUCACGCCUAGAGUACAGCAGCUCUGGUAGGCUGCACACCAAUAGGCAAGCAAAAUGUUCUGGCGAUUGGUGGAUAGAAGAUCUCUCUGUUCUAAGGAUUGAUAUGUAUCAGAGAGUCAUAACAGCCAUGAGAUGCCGAGGGGUUCGCCCAGAGAGCAUCGGGGCAUCUCUUGUGAAUUAUGCUCAAAAGUUUCUUACAAAGAAGCCUACUUUGUGGAAUGCAUCAAAUGGGUCAAAAAUUGAAUUUGCAGGCUCUGUUGAGAAUGAGCAGAGGGUAUUGGUGGAGUCUAUUGCCAGCCUUUUGCCUGUGGAAAAGCUUGCUGUGCCUAUAAGCUUCCUAUUUGGGCUUUUGAGAACAGCUGUGAUGCUUGAUUGCUCUAUUGCAUGCAGAUUAGAUCUUGAGAGGAGGAUUGGAUCACAACUGGAUAUGGCCACUCUCGAUGACCUCCUUAUCCCUUCUUUUCGUCAUUCUGGUGAUACCCUUUUUGAUGUGGACACAGUGCACAGAAUUUUGGUGAAUUUUUCACAGCAAGAUGACAGUGAAGAUGGUUUGGAUGAGAGCUCGACUUAUGAAUCCGAUGGCCCGCAAUCUCCCUCACAGACUGCUGUUAUCAAAGUGGCAAAACUGGUUGAUAGUUACCUUGCAGAGAUUGCUCCCGAUGCUAACCUCAGACUUACCAAAUUCAUGGCCAUUGCAGAGAUACUACCAGGAGAUGCACGCAUGUUGGAUGAUGGAUUAUACAGAGCAAUUGAUAUUUACCUCAAGGCCCACCAAGGAUUAUCAGACUUGGAACGAAGGAAACUCUGCAAAUUGAUAGACUUCCAAAAGCUCUCACAAGAAGCAGGUGCACAUGCUGCUCAGAAUGAGCGACUUCCAGUGCAAGCGGUCGUCCAAGUCCUUUAUUUUGAGCAGUUAAGGCUCCGUAAUGCCUUAUGUGGGUCUUUUCCUGACGAUGAUCCGAAACUUGCAUUUCAAUCCCGAAGGAUAAGCAGUGGUGCACUUAGUGCAGCGAUGUCACCUCGGGAUAACUAUGCAUCAUUAAGGAGAGAGAAUCGAGAGCUCAAACUUGAGCUAGCACGAAUGCGAAUGCGGUUGAAUGAUCUAGAGAAAGAUCAUGUUUGCAUGAAACAAGACUUGGAGAAAUCUAGCUCCCACAAGUUUAUGGGCACUUUUUCACGGAAGAUUGGUAGAAUGAACUUGUUUCGUCGCAGCAGUUCCCGAGGGUCGACUUCACCAUCUAAGCAAUCACAGAGGACUGAGUCUAAGGCUACACCUGGGAGAGUAAGAGCGAAUUCUUCUUAGCUGAAGGGUCAAUUACACUUGAGUUAGUUUAAUGCCAGGGCCGAGAAGAGCAGAGUGCGCCAUCAGUCAGGUAAUCGUGUGUGGGGUGUAGCAAGUCCUAAGUCGAGUAAGUCAUCCAUGUUGUUCUUCAUUUAUUUUUCAGUAGUUAUUGCUAUUUUAUUACAAUUUGUAGGAAUAUUAUUUGCAUUAGAAUUCACUGUAGAAGUUUGUAUUCAGC